AUGGCGGUUCAAGUCGUGCACACCACGGGCUCACGCAACGAGGAAGGCGCCCGAGGUUGCGGGCUGGGUUGGAGGACGAAUGAGGUGAAGGUAACGCAGACGGUUGGGGGUAGUUGGAACUUGGAAGGCAGAAAGGAGGAAAGACGCCUACUCUACUUGCGCGCGCUCACCAGUGGGACCGCCGUCGCGUUCGCUCCAGCCGAUUCUCCCCUCCCCCCGACCUUCACCCACGUCCCGUCGUCGUCCAAAGCCUCCCUUCCAACCGAAGGCCCACAGUUUCGAGUGGUGCCCAAAGCGGGUGCUGUUCACUCUUCCCCAGUUGUCGUCACGGACCACGCCGGCUGGUGGGUCGACGGUACGGUUGGGAGCUUGGACGGCCUGCCCGAGAUCGCGGACGCGAUAGGGGAAGACUUGACGGUCAUAUUCGACUGGGGGGUGCGCAUGGGCGCGGACCUGUUGAAGGCCGUCGCGCUGGGCGGGCCGCGCUUCCUCUUCGCGGACCUCGACAUCCCCAUGACCAUCGCUGGGUAUCGUCCGAUCCAGGAGGACGUUUUGGAAAAGAAAGACGAAGUGCUGCGCUGCUGCGUGAGCGGAGUGCAUCCAGCGUUUGGCGAGCUUGCGAAGUGGUAA